AACCAGAAGCUGCUGCUGGAAAACCAGCUCCUGCGGGAGAAGACCUGUAACCUUGCUCUGGAGAACCAGGAGCUUCGCUGCCGCCUGGGUUUGGAUGCUCUGAAGACAGAGGAGGAGAGCGAGUCCAAGGUUGUGAAGGAAUCUCAGGUGGAUGAGAUUAGAUUGGUGACCGGGUCCGCUGAGUCCGGCACUCAGACUACGUGUUCCUCUGCAGCAGGUGCAGGCCCAGCAGUCACUAUUUCUGAUAACUUCCACAUGGAUUCUGAUGGCAGUGACUCUUCAGACUCAGAGUCUGAUCUCCUAUUGGGCUUUCUGGACAGUCUGGACCCAGAGAUGUUUCUCGAAUAUGCUGAUUCAGAGUCAAUGUGCCUGGAAAAGCUGGAGGAAGAAAUCUGUGGAGAAACAAAUUCCGUAUCAACCUCCCCCUCUCCCUCUUUGGGGUCCCCAUCAGCUAAGCUGGAGGCCAUUAAUGAACUGAUAAGGUUUGAUCAUGUGUACACAAAGCCCCUAAUACUGGGGAUUCCUGUUAAAGUGGGCAACCAAACCAAUAUGCUAGUGAAAAUUGAGGAAGUAUCUCUCUCUCCAUCUGAAGACAAAGAUACCCCUGAGGUCCCAGUAUCUGUGAAAGAGGAACCUGUAGACAGCUUCAUGCCUGAACUGGGCAUCUCUCAACUGCUUUCCUCUCAUCAUAGCCUUGCAGCUUCAAGCUAUCUGUUGGAUGCCUGUAGUGACUCUGGAUAUGAAGGAUCCCCAUCACCCUUCAGUGAUAUGUCCUCUCCACUUGACACUGACCAUGCUCUCUUUCCCCAACUGAUCAGUGUCUAA